GCGCUGCUCUGCUCAAGCUCUCCGCACACGCUGCUGGUUCCUAGUAAAGCUCUAUCACACACAUAGCGCGCAACUCUCAGAAUGGCCAGUCAAUUCGCAGCCCCAGCAGAGGAGGAGAUCCCGCCCCCGGAGAGGCCACCCUCUCCGCCGCUGUACACUACGUUCGCGGUGCGCGGUGUCCACUCUCCUGUCUUCUCCGCCUUCAGGCCGCGCGAGAUGCGCUUCACAUCCUCUCAUCAAGCCAUGAACCACGUCGCGUGGAGCUGCGACGGCAAGAAGCUGGGCGCGGUCGGGAUUGACAAGGUUGUCAGGAUAUGGACUCCGGAAAAGAGCUUGGAAACGCGUUCAUGUACCACCUACUCCGGUGGCCACACAGACGACGUCGACUAUCUCGCGUGGAACCCUACCCACCCGGAACUCUUCUGCACAUCAAGUCAGAAAGACAGGAGGGUCGUCUUCUGGGACGGUCGACAAAGUCGGCACGUGCAGCAGCUCAAUCUCAAGCUAGCACCCUCGCAAUUGAACUACGCGCCCGACGGGAAGACUAUCCUGUACACGACUUUAAGCCGACAGCUGGGCGUGCUCACCUUCGGCAAAGAGGGAGACGACACGAAAGAUCAAUGGCACCACGCUGACAUUGGAGGGAAAUAUGUUUCUGCGUCUACAGCGACAUUCAACCAUGUCGGCGACGGCAUCGUCCUGACGCACCAGUCGGAGCACACCCUCCGUACGCUCGACUACCCCGCAUUGAACGCCGUACAAAGCACCCCGGCACAUGUCGGCGGCUGUGUGGCAGCUGCCCUAGACCCCAGGGGAAGAUACCUCGCGUCGGGCGGCAACGACUCGAUCGUGAACCUGUUCGACGUGUCCGAGUGGGUAUGCGUGCGGACCAUCACCGCGUGCGAUCAUUCCAUCACCGCGCUCAGCUUCUCGCACGAUGGAGAGUUCAUCGCGAUUGCCAACGCAGGCAAUUACAUCGACAUUUGCGCGGUAGAGACUGGUGUGCCAUUGCAUCGCGUGGCUGCCCAAGGGCCUUCAGUCACGGUCUCCUGGCACCCAUCAAAACAUAUCAUCGCGUACUGUGGCCAGACGAAGAUCAGAGAGGGCGGCCCACCACCUACAGCUUGGGUCAGCUUGUUCGGUCCUGGGAUGUAG